GUUACAUUCACAACGUUUCAGGAUACUCACGUUUUUCAAGAUUUUUAGUCUUUGUUGUUAUCUUUGCUAUUUCGUUUACGUUCUCAUGAAAAAUGGAUACGAAUUCGCAAUCAUACACAAAUGACAGAACGAUUGAAGUGUCAUGGGCAAUGAAAGCUUAUGAUGAGGCAGAACUACAUUAUAACUUGAUAACUUCAGUUGAUCCAACUUACCUUCAAUUAUCAAAGGAAGACGAUUUAAUAUACCGACAGUUUCGAAAAUCAUUCCCAGAUUUAGACAUUGCUCACUUACAUGAGGAUGAUUUAAAAACAGCGAAAAGUAAAGAGGAUUGGAGAACAUUUUGUAAUAAGUUCGAUGGAGUUAUUCAAGAUUUUAAUUAUGGAACUUUGUUGCGGUUAGACCCGCUGUUGGAGUAUAGUGAAUCUAAUACUUUAUUUGCAACUCGAAUUCAGUUUUUGGCAAUUGAAAUUGCUCGAAACAAGGAAGGAUUCAGCACAAGGUUAUACCAAAACACUCGCAAAAAAAAAUCUAAUAUUUCUUCAAAUGGAAAUACAAUCCAUGGUAUCAUAGAUGCAACAAAACAAAUAUCAGUGUCAUCGUAACCAAUAUUUCAAACGCUCUCUGUUUUACAGUAUUUUACCCAUUUUUCUUUUUGUUUCAAUUGUCAACAGUCAAAAGACUCGCAACUUAUACUUAGGAUACUAUUUUUAAAUACAUGUAAUCAUUUUCUCAACCUUUCUUCUGACAACACAAAUAUUUAAGCUAUUUUUUUUGUUUUGAUUUUUAGUCACUAUUUAUAUGACAACAUUUUUUCACACAACUAUUUGUUAGCGUACACUAAAUUUUCCAGUCUUUUUUUGUGAACUCCCAGCGAUCAAAUCAAAUGGACCAGUUUUGGUCAUUCCUUUGCGAUGCAAAAGUAACUCACAAGCACCUAUUUGUGAGUUUUUUUCCAAACAACACAAUACUAUAAUAGAAACAAAUAUGGUAGUUUCUUUUAUCUGGUUACGGUAGUUCGUUGAUUUGGUGGUUGUUUUUUCAAGUAAUGUAUUUAAAAAAGAAAACCUGGUAAAUUCAAGCACUCGAGUAAA